AUGACGCCUCUGACAAGAUGUUUUGGUGCUCCUAUUGUGGAAGAAAGGUGCACUGCCCUCUUUGCCGCACUCACCGUAGAACAAGCUGACGAAGUCCAAGAGAUCGUUGGCUCAGCUUUCAGAAAUUGCCUCCUCGAUGAAAAACAGAUUCCACAAGCCCUGAGUUUUUUUUGGAAAAGUCCGCCCCUAGUGCCCCCUGUAGUCUCCGUUCUGGUAGCACCUACAAAGCUCCAAACACCAAGGCACACCGUAUCUGAAAGUUUCGCCACUUACUACAUCCCAGAAGAACCCUUUGAAGGUGCUAUGCUUGGUUCCGAAGAAGAAAUCAAUUAUGAAUCGUUUCUUGAUAAACUCGCCGCCGUAUGCGACACUCUGGCGUGA